AUGGGGAUCAAGAAUCUAUGGCAGCUGCUGAGUCCCGUGGGACGGAGCGUGAGCAUCGAGACUCUGGCGGGAAAGACACUGGCGGUGGACGUGUCGAUCUGGCUGACCCAGUUCAUCAAGGCCAUGCGCGACGAUGACGGCAAGGUCGUCAAGAACGCCCACAUCAUCGGAACUCUGCGCCGUGUGGUGAAACUGUUGUUCCACCGCAUCCGCCCAGUCUUCGUGUUCGACGGCGGCGCCCCGGCCCUGAAGGCGAGGACCCUGGCCGCCCGGCGGAAGCUGCGCUCGGAGGGCACGGACUCCUCCGUCCGCAAGACCGCACAAAGGAUCCUUGCGUCCCAGCUCAAGAAGCACAAGGCUGCGAUCAGCGCCGCCAAGCGAGCUUCUUCCCAAGCAGCGGUACCCGCUUUCAACCCGGUGUACCAGGGGGGCGACAUGAGCUCCGCCCCCGCCACCGCUCCCGCCACCACCGCAGGGACGGGGUCCGGCGGUACUGCCACCUCUCGAGCAACAAGGGGUGGGAAGAAGCAAGGGGAAGAGGGCGGUGUAGUCCAACCCUUGGUUUCCCCGGAAGAAGCGGCGGGUGCCGCGGGCGACAGCGAUGACGACGACGAUGACGACGACGUGGACUGGGUGGAUCAAGAAGUGGAGCAAGGAGGCGAAGGAGGGGACGGGUUGGGUGUGCUGGGCGCGGGUCGGCACGCCGUCGUGGAUAGCGACGGGGAUGAGGUCUACGAGGGGACCAACAGACCGGGAGAGGAGAGGGGUGGGGGCGCCGCAGGAGUUGUUGGUGGCGGGAGAUCAGGGGCGGCGGGUGAUGUGGAGGCGGCUGCGUGGGCAGUAGACACGGAUGAGGAGGAAGAGGAGGAAGGGGGCGUGGCGUGGGAGGAGGUGGAGCUCCCGGAGAGGAACGAGGACAUCGACCCUGAGGUCAUUGCUUCCUUACCAGACCACGUGAAGAAGCAGGUCAUCGAGGCCGCCAAGCGGAGACAACGCAUGCGAAGCCGUGCCCAGUACAUGCCCGUGGCGGGGAACCCGGCCAUGUACAGCCAGACCCAGCUCUCCAACUUCCUUCGCUCCAAUAAGCUGAACGCACAGAUUCUGAAAGCCCAGAAGCAGGAUGACAGCGAUCGGACUGGCAAACGCAUAGCCUCAGAGGCGGGACGCCGGUACAUCAUGACUCCGGCAGGAGCAAGCGGACGUAGCGGGGCGGUUUCGGGUGCCGGCGGGGCAGCUGGGGGUACUCGCAACGGGGCAUCGUCCGUAGGCUCCAGCCGGCGACGGCGAAUCACGGACGACGGUGACGACUUCAAGGCGUGGUCGUACGCGGGGUCGGCGGGGGCAGAAGGGAACGGUGGCGGCGGUGUGACGGCGAGACCAACGUCGUUGCCGACCAAUGCAGACACGGACGAUGAUGACGACGAAGAAGAAGAAGCGGGGGGGUUUCUUCCCGAGAGCGAGGAUGCACCCGUCGCAAGGACAACAGACGGAGGCACGGGGGCCCCGCGUGAUGAGGAACCCUCGGGGCAGCCCCCGUCCGGGGGUUCCGUGAGUGAGGAGGAAGGCGGGGGGUUCCUACCGCCGCCUUCCGAAGAAGAGGAUUCCUCGGGACCAGAGGUGCCGGCCGUCGAUGGAGGGAAGGGGAGGACGAGGCGCCGAGUCCAGCUCCCCGUGCACAGGCCCAAGCCCAUCGGGCAUGACCUUGCUAGCGGCGGGAAGGGUAAGCGGCGGCGCUUGCAGCGGCUGGCCGACGCCGAUGAAGGGAAGGAGGACGAGGAGGAGGACGAAGAGGAGGAGGAAGAGGAGGAGCAGGAGGAAGAUGUUGAGCGGCCAGCAGCAAGAAGAGCGCAGCCGGGACCAGACUCCGGGGCUGCCGACGCCAUCGCUAGGGUGCUCCAAGAAGAGGAGGACCGGCGCGCCGCCAUGACCCUCCAGGAUGAGAUCGAUCCCUCCGUAUCUACCGUUGGUGUCUUCGCCGACAACGACGACGGCAGCGGCGGCGGCGGCGGCGCUACUGGAAAGGGCGACUUGUUGCCCGAAACCGGUGCCAACGAUCUCGAUCCGCUCGGCUUGCUGGGGGCCCGGAAGGCAAGGUCGGGGUCGCCCGCAGCGACUGAAAGCAUCGCGGACGGCACGGCGGCGGCUACAAAAAACGCAGCGCAGGCGCCGCCACCGUCCAAAGCGCUUGGUGGAAGGAGCGGUGUAGGAGGUCCACUGGAGGGAGGAGGCGGCUCGUCGGGAGGCGAUGCGGAGAUCGAACUGGACAUCGACCUCAAACACCUUGAGGCCGGCGGCGGGCGGCCGGACCUCAUGGAGCUGUUUUCUUCUUCCGGUGCUGCUACCGGUGAUGUGGGGUCCGGGGCGAGGGCAGGGAGCGGGGCGGUCGAGGAGGACAGCGAUGAGGACUUCGACGGCUUCGUGGACGAUGAUGAUGAUGAUGCCGACGAAGAGGAGAGGGAUAGAGCUUCAUCUCAGGUUUCCGCGCAGGGAGCAACGGCGAGCUACACUAAUGAGGCAGCCUUGCAGCGGUCGGUGGACAUGGCUUCGAGGAUGGCCGGUUGGGCGGGGAGGGUCGUCGAGAGGGUUCUCAAGGAGCACCGGAAGCCUCCUGGAUCAGCGGCAGGGUCAUCAUCCUUGCACCGCGCGGCGCGGACCACCAGCGCCAGCGUCCCCGGGACCGGUCCGAGGAACGGCGAGAGCUCAACCAUCCGCACCGGGCCCGCUGCGUCUGGGGUAGGCAGCCAUGCGGCCGCCCAAUCGGCCAGCGACGAGCGACGUCGUUUGGAAAUAACCGGCGGCAACGCCGGUGCCACGACCACCAGCAUUGACAUCGGACGUCAGACCUCCGGCAGCGCAUCUACUGCUGCGCCAACGACCGCGACCACCAGCAGCAGCAACGAUAACGGGCGUCAGGCGUCCGGCGACGCUGCGCGGCCUCCUUCUCCCGGGGCGGGGCGGGGGCGGCAGCAGCGGGGCGCGGCCGUCGACGCCCCCGCUGACCCCAAGGGUACCGCACACCCUCACUCAGAGUCUCGUUCUCGGCCCGAGAUCGGCGGCGAGUUAACGGCACCCGCCGAUACAGCGGCGGUGACAGCACCGGCGGUUGCAAGGGGGUCGGAGGGGAAGAACGACGAGGGGAGGGGAGCCGUGGGAACGGGGAACAUGGCGGAAGACGGGUAUCGGGACGUCGAGAGCGUUUUUUCCGAGUCCGACGGUGAGCGGGGGCCGCCGGGCCCGCUAGGUCAACGCACACCUGCUGGGGUUUCCAGAGAGGCGGCGGGGGCCAGGGGAACGGCAACAGGCGAGGGUUUUCCGCCUCGCACGGAGGCCGAAGAACCAGAGGGGGCAGAGGAGGCAUCGGGGGAAGCAGUAGCGGCGCCUGGGCCUGGCGCUACGAGCGCAUCAUCGUCAGCAAGUCCACCAGACCCGGCCGAAGGCGUAACGGCCUCCAAGGAGAAAGGCGGUGAAUCCGCCCGCGUCGGCGUUCUGCCGCAAGCGAUUCCGCCGCGAGCGGCAGCGGCGGAAUCUCUGGGGCAAGGGCAGCGCGGCGGUCACGACGCGACCGAGGUUGAUGAAAACGCCUGCGCAAAGGGAGAGCCCGUCGCGGAAGGGCCGACCUCGGCUACCCGUAAGUAUUCUCCCCCCCGUGGGAACGAUGGCGAUGAAGUCGGCGGCGGUGGGACGGACUCGCUCUUUGCUCCAUCGGUGCGGGGAGACACCCGCCCGGGACCCUCUCGAGUCGGAACAGCGGCGGGUGGCGGGGGGAUAGAGGCGAACGGGGACGGGGAAGGGGUGAUGGGCACGUCAUACCUUGAGGGCAUGGACGAGGACGAGCUGGAGGAGGAGUCUGAGAAGCUGAAGCGGGAGGGCAACAAGGCGCAGCGUGACGCGGAGACUGUCACGGAGGAGAUGAAGGAGGAGGUGAUGGACCUCUUGAAGCUGUUCGGUGUGCCGUACGUGGUGGCACCAAUGGAGGCCGAGGCGCAGUGCUGCGUGCUGGAGCAGCUGCGGCUGGUGGACGGGACGGUGACGGACGACAGCGACGCCUUCGCCUUCGGUGGAAGGGCCGUCUACAAGAACAUCUUCAGCGACAGGAAGUUCGUCGAAGCCUACCUCCUGCCCGACGCGGAAAAGGAUCUCGGAGUGGGCACGGAUGAAGUGGUCGCUCUCGCGCUGCUUUUGGGCAGCGACUACACGGAGGGAGUGAGGGGUGUGGGCAUCGUCAACGCAAUGGAGGUGAUCAACGCUUUUCCUUUGGAAGGGAAGGGUGCUCACCACGGCCUCAGCAAGUUUAAGAAGUGGAUCGAUGGCUUCGAUCCCCUCCUCGACCAGGAGCUUGAAGGCUUGACGAAACGCGGUUCUCAGAAGGAGAUCGACGGGCUGUCGCUGGAGAUGAAAUUUCACCUCAAGCACAGGACCGCGCGAAACAGGUGGACCGUCCCUGAUGGUUUCCCGAGCGAGGAGGUCAUCAACGCCUACAACAAUCCUCAGGUGGACAGAUCGGAAGAGCCUUUCAGCUGGGCGGCACCGGACGUUGACGGGUUGAUGGCUCUAUGCCAGAGGGUGCUAGGGUGGGACAGGGACCAGUCUGAUGGGCUGCUCAUGCCCAUGGUCAAGGAGUUGGACCGGGGGAGUUUCGCGCAGUCGCGCAUCGACCGCUACUUCAUGGCCUACCACGACAACAAGAGGGUGGCCGCCAUCAAGAGCAAGCGCCUUCGCACGGCGGUCGAGGACCUAGCGCAGGGGUCUUCCGAGGUGAUCACGGUAGACGGCUCGGCGGUAGGCAAGGUCAAUGCAAAGAGCGCGAAGAAGAAAAGGAAGAGGGGCGACAAGUCGCAGAAGGAGCAAGAGAAUAAUGAUAGUGAUGAUGCCCCAAGCGGGAAGACGAAAAGACGGCAGCGAGGAGCUGCCGGCACAUCUCCCGAAUCUACGGUCAGGGACGGCGACGACGAGGACGAGGACGAGGACGACGACGACACGCAGAUUGACCAGCCGACGGUUUCGUCUCAACCGUCACCAUCGCCCAGGACGGGCACAAGGGGCGCAACAGCCCGCGCGAAGCGAUCGCGGCCUCCUCCGACACCGGCGAAGAAUACCGACGCUAGCGGCGGCGGCAACGGCGGUCGCCGUUCCGCGAGGAGCAACAGAAACGCCUCCGCUGGUUCUGCCGCAACGCCGGCGAACGGCGGGCAGGGGCAGAGCAAGAGAAACACCCGUGCCACGCUGAGUGGGGGCGAGGUAGGCACUCCCGCCCCCCCCCCCGGCAAACGCCGUAACCCACGUAGAGUGGUGGCGUCAAGCGGCGGCGCGGGUGCAGGAGGGGGUAGCGAACCCGGGAGUGAUGUCGAGGGAGAGGAUGGGAUUGACGAGGAGGAUGACGCGGACUAUGUCGGCUCUGACAGCGACAACGACAGCAGCAGUGGAAGCGGUGACGGCAACGGCGACGAUGGUAGUGUUGGGAGGAUGUCUGGGGAAAGCCAAACCAAGCCCAGGAGACAAAAUAAAUAG